CGCGUUUACUUGCUUUAGCUGGGGGUCUGCCGGGCCCCUGCUCUAAGGAGGGUGUCGCUGCAAUAGGACGCUGUUGGACGUUCCCCUGCAGCAGCGGGUGCCAGCGGAAAGGAGACAGAGGUGCUUCAAUUUUCCAGCCUGUUACAUAGCAAGACAAAGAGUUCUGCCGUAUCUUUCGGAAUUGGCCUGUUCCGGCUGUUUUGAUUCCCUCAUUCGGUUUAAGCUGCAAAGUCACUGGUGUGGUGGCAUAAGAGCAGGACUGUACAGCUGAUGGUGAAGGCUGACAACUGUUUAAACUUCCAUUUGUUCAUAGUGCAGUGUUUGUAUGUCUUUUCCACUUCCGUCAAGCUCACUGUGGGUGAUAGCUCAGCAUUGCUGCCUGUCUGUGUAAGGUCAAGAAGGCAAAAUGCAGAUCCGGACUACAGAAAACACAGCAGGAAAGUAACAUUUAGUAACAUCAAUAUGAGAAGGAAGGUGAUAGAUCCACCUGCUUCAUUUACCUGCCCAGAAAUGAAAGGUUCAUCAGCUGAGACAUACGCGCAAAACCCUUCGAAGAAAGAGAGAGGUGAAAGAUACAGCCGUAGUGGCCGUCGCCUCAUCCUUCCUUUGCAGUACUGGCGUGGAGAGCGGCAAGUUUGGGAUCAGGCAAUGAUUGUUAGACUAGAAGAAGGUGGAACAAAUUAUUUAACUGAAAGUAUGGCCUCUGAAAGCAAGGAGACUAGUUCAAAAACCUCUUAUCAUGCCCUUGUAAAGCGGAAAAAAACAACUGAAGUAAAAGAACAAGCUGGGUGCUGUAAUUUAGAUUUGCCAGUAGUAUGUGGUGUAAAUGUGCCUUCCUUGAUUUGGACUAACUCGCAUAGCACCGAAGAUACUGCUGCUGCUGGUACCCGUCUUCCUAGUAAAAAGUGUGUCGAACAGAAGAGUCAAGAUGAGAAGAUGUCCAAGAAAGUAGUUCCUGGUGAUAUUAUGUCCCUGAAUAUAGUGGAGGAGGACUUGGACUCGCCCACUAGCUUACCAGAGCCUGUACAUUCAGGAGAAAUGAACAGAGGAACUUUUUCAGGUGGAGACAAGUUAUUUUCUUCUGGUAAUCAGGAUCUGCCAGAACUCCAGAACCAAAAAUAUAGGGAGAAAAAUAGACAAGAAACCAAUGCUCAGAUGAGGAGGAUAUUAGAGAGACUGAAUGUUAUAGAAGAGAGACAAAGAGAAAUGCAGGAUACCUUGAAUAAGGUUCACUUGUGUUUACAGCAAAACAAAAGGGUAGCAAUGAGCCUUCUUACUAUGCCAGAAGGAAGUUGAUAGGCUUCAGCUAGAGAUAAAGGAGCUUGAUUUAAGGCCUAUCGAGACAUUGAGACAUGAUUCUUUACUGUGAAGGGGUGGGGGGGGGAGGCGGAAAAAAAAGAAGUGUAACGUGUGCCUGUAUCGCCAAAAGGUUAUCUAAAGGGAGGCAGAAGAGUGACUGAAGAAAUAAGAGGACAUGCUCCUAUUUUAUCUGGUUUGUUUGAUGGUUUGUUUGUUUUCAUCUUGUUGUAGAAAGCAUUCUGUUUUCAGCCUGCCAAGUUCCAAAAUCCUUUUUAAGCUGGUCCAUCAGAGGGUUAACUGCUUGUUAGUGCCUUACAGCCAGGAUUAAUCGUGUGUUUUCUUGAACUCUGAAAAAACAAGAGUGCUACUUCUGUGUUCUUAUUUUCUUUCUAGGGUAGUAUUUUUGUUGACAAAAUUAAAGCAGAAAGCCUCAGCCUGGAUGCAUACAGAUAGUGGCUUGGGAAUAUGAAACACCUCCAGAGCUCCUGAUCAACCAUGAGAGCCAUAUAUGCAUAAGUAGUUCAGUACAGUUAGGUUGACUUGUCACUUUUGGAUAUUUUUUAAGUGCUGUAGAGACCCUUCUCAUCUCAGGUUGCUGUCCUUAGAGAUGCUUGUCUUGACUUCAGAGUGUCUAUAAUGUGUACUACUUUGCUGAAGUAUUGCUUCAGUGUAAAGGGACUUGGCCUUGUAGUCUUUACAUUGCUUUCACCACUCUACAGUUACCUUAUUGCCUACAUUGCCAGGUACAGUGUGCACUACUUCACAGAGCUUGGCCUGUGGAGCACCAUAUGGGUAUUUCUGAGCACAGCACUAGUUAAACAUGCUGCCUCCUGUAUAUAGAAGCAUAUUGACUGCAGAAUGCAGUAGCUGUCAGCAUAGCCUGCCACAGCUCCUGAGUAAUUUAAUUUUUCU